UCUAACUGCAGUACUUGUGCAUUGGAACUUGUUAUAGUUAGGUUUCCUACUAUUUAUAUUAUAUAAAAAUGUAGUUUAUAAGUGAGAAAAAUAAUCUUAUUUACUGACGGUCCUGAUUUUUAAUUAAAAUGAGCGACAAAAUCUACAAGAUGAUAUUGCUUAAACGGCGUCUGUGUAAACGAUUAGAGAUUGUUGUUAUUGCUAUGCUCGCAAUAUCUUUUUACAUAUCAGUUUUAUUAUUCGGCGGUUUUAAGGGUCCAGAGAUAAUUCAUGUAACCGAUUUACAUCGAUGUCCAGCUUGCUAUGGGGUCACAGUGUGCCCAGAACUGUAUUCAAAUCAAAUCAUAUUGGAUUCUUCUCACUGGUCGAAUAUGUUUAACGCAAAGAACAUUUAUCAUGGUUACACAAAGUCCAGUAGGAGAGUUAUAUUAAAAAAGCUAGCUCACGAUUGGGAGCUGAAUGAAUUUGAUUCAAAACUUUGCUCAGAAUGGAGAUUAAAUAAUGAUUGCAAACCUGUACAAUUGUUAAAUAUGACAAAUAUAGAUGAUAAAGUUCUAGACAUAGUUGAAUAUAAUAUAACAUGGCCUGAUACUGAGCCAAGGAAAGGACUGGUGCUGUGUCCAUAUGCAUACAGCAUAUAUGACCUUCUUCAACCAGUGUUUAGCAAUAAUAAAAAUAACUAUAAGUCUGAAAUGUUGAACAUAUGGACCAUGCUGAGUAUAAACCCAGAACCUAUCAUACUACAGGUUUUACCAAGAUCAAAGGGCUGGCCAGUUCCAGCUUUCGGUGGAGUCUGUGGUCGUCUUGAAGUGGUAGCUUAUGAAGGUGAACCUUUGUCUUCACUACUACAUGUUGCGUGGCAUCGGAAACUUAAUUACGCUCAGAAGAUACUUGAAGCUGCCAUGGAUUUUACUUUUAAGCAUGAAAGAUUUCGCUUCUACCUCAUGGAUUGGUCAUUAGAUAAUAUCGUAGUCAACGAACGAGAUGAGAUCACAUUUGUCGACUUGGAAGACGUGAUUGUUCUGGAUAAGCAUAUUUCACCGAAACCGGAGCUGGUAGAUUGGUACAAGCGUUACAAUAGAGAAUCUAUAGGGCCUGGGUUUUCAUUUUCUAUAGAGAACAUGUGUAAACACCACUUGAGCGAUCACAAUCUGUGGGCAGCAUGUUAUAUAUUGAUUGGUGAUGAAAGUCCACUGCUGUAUCCUAUACCAAAGGAGGUGAACGCAUCCCGACCCUACUUUGAUAGACUAUUGUCGGCUUGCCUGAACGGGGAUGACAGAUUCAAAACAAUACGGAAACUCCAACAUGUUAUUGAAGAAAUGCUGAACGAUGAGAAGAUUCUCCGAUCUGGAGUCAGUUGAUUAAGAUUGUAAUUCAGAUAUUUUUAUUUAUAAUCUGUGAUAUUAUGUAUAUUGAGUUAAAUGGUUGUGCUAUGAUUGCAAUUCAUGAUUUUUUUGUUUAUUUUUAUUUAUUAAGUUAUUUUAUCAAUUAUGUUUAGAUAAAAUUAUAGCUUUAAAUUUAAUUUUAGAAAAUCAAAUCUCAUUAAAAAAAACAAAUGUCUUCACUUUUAUGAACUAUCAUGUAUAGAAUAAAUAAUAAGGAUAAAUA